AUGAAAGUGCACAACCAAUUGGAUGCUAUUACUCACUCCCAAUUUGCUGAUGACACAAUAAUCUUUGGGGAUGCCUCGUUGGUCGAAGAUAAGAACAUCAUGAGCACACUGAAUUUCUACUCUGAACAAUCCAGGCAGGUGAUGAAUAAAGGCAAGUCGCAACUGUUCUUAAACACCAACAAGCAGGUACAACAAAGGAUCUCGAACCUUUUGGGAAUAAAAGUUUCUGAACUUCCAAUCAAGUAUUUGGGGAUUCGAAUUAAGAAAGGAUGUAGGCAGUCUCAGAUUUGGGAAGAUGUUUUGAAAUCUUGUUCGGCCAAAACAGAGUUUUGGAAGAAUAGAUGGCUAACACAAGCUGGCAGAUUGACAAUGGUCAAGUUUGUCCUAUCGGCCAUUCCUAUUUACUAUAUGUCGUUCUUCAAGAUGCCCUUUGCUGCUGGUAAGAAUAUUGAUAACCUUCUCAGGAAAUUUGUUUGGGAGGGUGCAAAAGACACAAAAAAGAUACCACUCAUUAAUUGGGAUACCAUGUGUUUACUGAAAGAGGAUGGCAGAGCCGGACUAAGGAAAAUGGAACUACAAAAUAUUGCGUUGGGAGCCAAGUUAUCUUGGAAGAUGUACAUAGAGACUAUGGUGCAAAAUAUUCAGGAAGAAAUAUUUGGACUCCGAGAACCCUUGCUGAAUUAUCAUUGUGGUAAACGCAAAGCAAGGAUCUGCCACCUGGAACUUUCUUUGGGAUUGCAGAUUCAUUUAAUUGAUCACAUUUAA